AUGGCAGCAACCUCAUCACAAACUUUCUCCAUUUUGAGCAGACAAAAACCUCGUAAUAAUAUUCCCAUAAUCAUCACAAAGCCCCACGUGGUAUUUCCAUCCAAGAAACCAAAUACGUACAGCAACGGUUCUGUGGUUACUCGCACAGACUUCAAGAGAUUCGUCUGCUGCUGUAAAACAAAGGCUUCCUCGUUCAUGGCUGAUCAGAGUAACAAGAAGGUGGUGGAGGUGUAUGACACAGAGGAGGAUGUGGCUGUUUCUUUGGCCAAAUAUGUUGCCGAUUUGUCGGCUAAGUUUUCUAAAGAAAGAGGGUAUUUCACUGUUGUUUUGUCUGGUGGUUACCUCAUUGACAACAUCAGGAAAUUAGCAGAGCCGCCGUAUGUUGAUUCGGUGGAGUGGUCGAAAUGGCAUGUUUUCUGGGUGGAUGAGAGAGUUGUUCCUAAGAAUCAUGUUGACAGUAACUACAAGCUUGCUUUUGAUGGAUUUCUCUCAAAGGUACCGAUUCCCCCUGGUAACGUUUAUGCCAUCAAUGAUGCCCUCUCAGCUGAAGGUGCAGCUGAGGAUUAUCAAACCUGUCUCAAGCAUUUGGUUGAUAUUGGGGUGUUAGCCAAAUCAUCAGUGACUGGGUUCCCAAAGUUCGAUCUCAUGCUUCUGGGGAUGGGUCCAGAUGGACAUGUAGCUUCUCUGUUCCCUGGGCAUCCACUCGUUAAGGAAAAUCAGAAAUGGGUUACUCACAUCCUAGACUCACCAAAACCACCUCCACAGAGGAUUACCUUUACCUUUCCUGUCAUCAAUUCGUCUGCAUAUAUUGCUAUGGUGGUCUGCGGUCCUGGAGAAGCCACUUCAGUGCACAAUGCGUUGGGAAAGACUGAAAAUCCCGAAUUGCUGCCUGCUCAGAGGGUUACACCAGAAGUGGAAUUGAAGUGGUUUUUGGACAAAGCUGCAGCUUCAAAGCUGCAGGAGUGA